AUGGAGACCAAAACCGACCGACCUUCUGUAACGUUACUUCUGUCCGAUUUUUUCCAACACACCUCAAUGCAUGGAGCUGAAAGGAUUGUAACUUCUCACGAAUGGAUCCGAAAAAUCCUGUGGAUAAUUUUGAUGUUAGGUGCCUUAGGUGUUUCAUCAUGGCAGAUACACCAACUAUACAGUCUUUACCACAAGCGACCCCUCGCCACUCAUGUUGCCAUCGAGCGUGACUCGGUAAUAAAACUGUUUUCCUCUCUUGCAUAGAGGAUCUAAUUGUUCCAGAAAUAAGUUAAUCAUUUUUUCGAUCUUUUUAUGCUUUUUUCCUUUCCUUUUGUGUGUUUGUUUUGUAUGUGUCGUGUUUCCCCUUCUUCCCUCCUUCCUUUUGAAGUAUAAUUUACAAUAACAUUGCAAUUCCAGAUUGUUGGUAGGUCUGUAAAAACUUUGAUUAUCUCAGGUCUUGAAAGAUGACUUGCAUCGGUCAGUAUCACGAGUAUUCUUUGUGGUGAGAAUUCCGGCCGUUCAUCGACAGGAUUCGAAAACUGUGAGGUAGAUUUGGUUGCCAGGGUAAACGUUGAUGACGCCAUCAAAAUAUUAGUCAAGUUUUCAUUAAAUUGCCAGAGUUCUAAUAUCGUCCGCAAAGUUACAUGAAGCAAAUUUACCAGAGAAGAAAAUAAAGGUUUUACAUACCCCCUUCCCCCUUUGAGCUACGAGAAAUAUGUGUGGCUUGUACGUUCGAGGACUUAACGAAGGAAUUCUGCGUGAGAUGGAUGGAGUUACAUAGUUACAUACAGUUUUCACCUGAUCUUUUUUAUUAAAAUUCAACAUAGGAUUUGACGUUCCCUGCCAUAACAAUUUGUGACUUGAACUCUUUGAGAAUCGAUCAAGUGAAAGGGGAAUCGGCAGCAGCCAAAGCACUUAGAGGAGAGUUGAAAGGAGUAGAUUGGUUGAAAAGUAAGUACAAAAUCAGCGCAGCUGGAGAUUUACUAAACUAUUUUACUAGUAAAGAUUUAAAUUGUCCGCAUGAUUCAAAUAACUCUUGUACAAUGGAAAGACUUGAAUAUUUUCAUUGUUUCAGGAGACGACGAAGAUGACGAGGAGGAAGACCAACAUGAUGCAGAAGAGGAAGACCAACGUGAUGCAGAAGAGGAAGUGGAAGAGGAUCCACAAUUUAUAGCGAAGGAAAACCUUAUGACCAAAAUAGCUAAAACAAAUGCUCGUCAUGACCUCACAGAGUUAGGCCAUCAGUUUGAAGAUUUUAUAAUUUAUUGCACCUUUCGCGGAAUCAACUGCGCGUAUGUAAAUCUUUUAAAUCGUAAUAUUUAACAUGCCUCUUCGUUGUCGACGAAUGAAUUAUCGGAAAAAGUAUUUUAAUUUCUAUCUUAAUGUGAUAACACUUAAAUUUGUACAUGUAAAAACCAGACAGCUUACGGAAUUUCUUUCAAAUGUUUUUUCGCAUGUGAUAAUGAUAUUACAACUUGGAGAGGAAAAUAUGAAAGGUCAUAAUUCGCCUUGGUCAAACGUUUUUAUAAAAAUGUUGUAAAUUCCUUUUGAUUUAGGAAUUACUCCAGUACACACUGGACUCGUUUCUGGCAUUUUGCUUACGGGAACUGCUACAUUUUCAAUGGAGGGUACAGUGACCAAGGAGAAAGAACCAUUUUGUGGAAGUCAAGUGAAACAGGCCCCUUGUUCGGUUUGUCAGUGUUUGAUUUUUGGACCUCAUUAAGAUACUUUGGAUGUCAUUUCCAAAAGGUCUUCAGGACUUUUCAAACACCUAUAUUAGACACGAAAAAACUAGAAAGCGAAGAUUGUAAAUUGUUUUUUUAGCUGGGUGAUUGUUAGCAAAAGAAGAUGAUUACUUUUUCAGUCAGUGGAAAAAAGCUUUCUACGGAAAGAGGUUCCCAUAAGUUUCCAAGAGCUCAUCGGUAAAGCAUUCAAAGCACCAAUGUGAAUGUAAUACCUUCGACUCCUGACGAGACCGCUUGAAUUUAUUCCCCUUGAGAUUGCUUAUUUCGCAGGCGGAAAUGAAAACCUUUACUUUGACGUUUGGUGCUUUUGGUGCCUUGUGUAUUUCAGAUAUAUAUAUAUUAACAUUAGAACUUUAAUGGCGAUGAUAUUUACUUUUUUUCGUUUCAUUAAGGGCUUAGUCUGGAGCUGAACAUCGAGCAAGAUCAGUACAUCGGAUCCCUGACGCAAGAAGCAGGAGUGAGAAUUGACAUCUCAGAUCAAGGAGAAAUGCCUUUUCCUCUCGAUAAAGGACUGAGUCUUGCACCAGGAUAUGCCAUGUCUGUUGGAAUGAGGAAGGUUUCAUCUGUUGAGCAUUUGUGGAAGUUCUUGAAUAGAACUUGCGAUCAAAAGCAUCACAAUACGAUCCAACCUGAAAGAGAAGAAAAUUUUUUUUCCAAAUGAUUUAUCUCAAAGUUUUUUCCUAUUUUCUGGCAAAUAACUCCUCAGUACCUCCCACAUCAUCAUCGGCACUUUAUUUGUUUAGCUUCUUGUUUGUUUUUUUCCUUGUUUUUCCUCUUUUACUUAUCUCAUUGCAGGCAGCCAUGAAUCUUUGGUUGCUGUAAUCAAAUGAUGUUCUUAAUAAAAUUACCAUUGACCAAUCGAAACGCAAGGGAUAAAUCCGGCCAAUCGGAUAUCAUGGAGAGCUUUUUUCCUCUUCGGAUUGAUCGUCAUAUUGAAUGUUUAUAUUUUUCUUUCAAGGUUGUUAUGAAACGAUCGGAUCCUUUUCGGAACAACUCCUGCAUGAAAAACUCUGCCCCUGAAAGCAUGAACCUUUUCAAGGAUACGAUGAAAGCGGAUUAUUCAACAGCUGUAUGUGUUACUGAGUAUCUUAAUUUUUUUUUUACUUUGUUUGUCGUUUUAUAUGGGUUUGGUUCUGUUAUUUUGCUAUGUAAGAUAUUUAAAAAUUAAUCCCUGAGUCUUUGUUGGAUAUGAGGUGGUAAAUAUCCAACGAACUUGUGCGGACUCAGAGUUGAAAGUUUAGUAAUAAUCUAUACUCAUUAUCUUUAAGACUGCCUAACAUCAACUGAUUUUAGAGUCCUCAAUAAUAUACACAAAGCUACACAAUACUUAAUUUGCAAUCGCAUCGUCCCCCUUCCUAACCAGUUUAUUUGCUAUCCUUUCUCUUUUUUUAACCUUAUUUGUUAGGCAUGCAAAAAGAGCUGCUGGGCACGAAAGCAACAAGAAGAGUGUGGAUGCGUUGAAUACAAAUAUCCAAGGCCGAAGUCUACUCGUUUCUGUGAAACCUCAAACAAAACAGACAGUAAGCACUUCCCUGAGAUAACUCGUAAUAGAUUUAGAAAGCUAUCACUAUGCCCCCUCUCAUAGCUAUCACUAUGCCCCCUCUGCCCUCUCUCUUCUGCAACAAUCCCUGUUCUCUCUCCCAUCCUGCCUUACCUCUUCUCUCAAGAAAGGUUCGCCAUGUUGGCAUAGAUUUAAAUUCCUGGGCACUAGUAGUUUUUUGAAGGUAACAAUUUCUAAAUAUAAAACUUAACCUUUUGCGUGAAAUACAUGUACAUCUAUAUAAAGCUGACGUGAUAUUAUAACAUCUUUUUCUAGGAGCUUGUGUCAGAAAAGUGAAAGACUAUUUUAUCAAGGGAGUACUGAACUGUUCCCAAUCAUGUCCUCCACCUUGCAAGUAAGAAAAAUUAUUUACCUUUUUUUUACGUACGCAGAUGCUCAAUUUGAGUCCUGAGAGUAAACCCAGAUUGCUCAAAGUAAUGUAGAUUAAAAAGACCUUUGUAUUCUGUUAAUUUAUUUUUAAGACGUAUUGUUUUUGACGUUUCGCUAACAUAAUCAAAAUUCAGUUACAGGUACACAGUUCCUGGUCACAUUUUGAAUUUAAAUUUAUUUCAGGGAGAGCACAUUCAAAUUCACUACAUCUUACUCGUUGUGGCCGACCACUAGUUCGGAGGUCGGUAUACAUUCAUGGAGCUUACAUGUUUUAAGAAGUAACUUCUAUUUUUUUACUUUUCAAUAUUUUUCCAAAUGUAUCAUUCCAACCUUGAACAAAGUUUUCACUUUAUUUAUAUUUUUCACUCGUUUUUCGGAAUAUCGAGAACCCAAAACCGCACGGGACGUUUUAAUUAGUAAAUUUACUUAAAUUACUCACAUCAAAUGAAAGGUUUAUCAGGUCUCAAAUACACCUUUGUGAUAUCAUACCAGAAAAUUAACUUCAUAUCCUUCCAACCCAUUGCAAGGUCAUUUCAAUUUUCUAAAAUGAAAAUCUUUGAUCAUAUCUUUCGAUGACUACAAGCGCUGUGAUUGGUACUUUAAGUAAGUGUUGUGUUGUAAGUUAUGUAUCCUUGCUUCUUCCUGUUUGAUUUAUGUUUGGGGAAACGCAUGAUCCGUAACUUACAGUUCGAAGUGUUUAUCUUCUUUUCAAUCCACGGGCGCUAGAAACUCUAUAGAGCGAAAUUGAAGGCCAGGAAUAAGGAGGUGGACGGAGAAUCCGACGACUUAAGGUAAAAUUAUAAUUAGAUUGUACUUAUAACUGUUGUACAACUCUUUCUAAUUGGGAUUCAUUUGCAGGCGAAGCCACUGGCAAUAAAGAGAAACGAAAAUCAAAUUAAAUUUAUGAUGUCAUAUAUCUUAUUCUAAACUUGAUAACAUCAUGAGACUGCCAAAGCUUUUAAUUGUUGCUUUUUAGGAAACACAUUCUCAAAGUAAAUGUAUUCUUUGAAGAACUGAAUUACGAAGUUAUUUCGGAGGAUCCGGCGUAUGAGGUAAGUGAUGAAAUCUGAGGAUCAAUAUCAGUAUCUAAGCAAAUGCAUACCUACUCCUCCCCCUUAACCAACGUUAACCCUAUGUUAUCACUUGGUUAUUGUUGGGCUUGGGGAUGGGUAGGUCCACGGUUCCUAAGAUACUGACAUUAAUAAAAAUUUACUUAUGGAUAUAUAAUUGGCAUGAUUACUGGAAAUUUGCCAUCGACGAUAACCUGACCAUUCAACUCGCCAAUUGGAAAGGGAUCUAACGAAUCAUAUAUUUUUGAUUAGUUCAGACAUUUUAGCUUGACAUACAUAAUUACUUCAAGUGGCAUUAAACGCAAAAUUUGAUUUGUCUGCAGUUGCCAAGUUUUAUGUCAGACCUCGGAGGAUCACUUGGUCUUUGGAUAGGAAUGUCCGUUUUGACGUUUGCCGAAAUCUUGGAGCUGAUUUUACUUAUCUGUUAUACUUUGGCUCGAAAGCUGAAAAAUAGAGUGGGUGCCAGGUCAUCAACUGUCGCUGUUGAAAUGUUCCAACCAGAGUAAUGAUACCUAGUGGUCGAAAAGUGAUUCCUAACUGUAAUUUCAUGUCGGCAGUUUUUGGCGAUUAACUUAGUCUAGUUCGAAUGAUUUACGGGUAACAAAGCACAGUUGCCUAAACAGGACGUAGUUUACGCUUUUAUUUCAGUAGAUGAACAGUUGUUAUUUCUCUAAAACAAAAUAUGUGUGUAGUUAGCCGUCGUCGAU